CGCUGGUCGGCCAGUCUGAGUCUGACACACACACACGCCAACGAGACGAGUCGAGAUGUCUGCCAUGCGCCUCCUGCUGCUGUGCGUCUUCUUCAUUUGCCUCUCAGUCUUGACAUGCCAAGAAGAUGUAGCCCAGCCUAACUGUUACAGAGCCUAUAGUUAUUAUACAUGCUUAAAGCGUGACAACUAUAUAUGUGCCAGCAAUGGCCAGACCUACCCCAACAUGUGCUCAUUCUGUACAAACCAAAGAUUAGCGGAACUUCCAAUCAAAGUUGUAAAAUAUGGAGUUUGUUGAAUUUCUUCUGUCUACAUUGGACAUCACAAGCCCCCUUUGCUCCACUGCUGACCCCUACAGCCUUUCAAAUCUGAAAUAAACAUUUACUUCUGGCAUGAAA